AUGCUGCUGGUAUCAAGGAGAUGUAAUGUUUGGAAUAGGUUAAAGGUUAGUCGGCGAUUGAUUUUAAAUUGCAAAUUUCAUAAUAAUGUUGUUGUUAAUCAACAUAUUAACAAUAGCAAUAUUUUGAAAAUAAAUACAAAGAAAUUACAAACACAGGAGAGAGUUACAAUCAUUGAAAAUGACCUAAAUAAAUAUUAUCCAUCAAUGUCUUUAUUGAACAAUUCUUUAAAAGAAAUAAAUUCUAUUACUAAUUAUACAAUUGAACAAUUCAUUGAUACAUAUGUUAAUAACAAAUUAGAUCAUGAUGAAUCUGAUAUUUUAUUAAAGAUUAAUGGUAGAAUUAAAAAUGUUAGAAUUGCAGGGAAAAAAAUGUGUUUCAUUGAUUUAAUUGAUACUCAAACUAAUAAAUCAUUACAAAUUAUUAUUAAUUUUAAUAAAUUGAAUAUGGAUUGUAAUGAUACAAAUAAAAAAAUUAGUUCUAAUGAAUUCAUUGAAACUAUAUCUUUCUUAAAGAAAAAUGAUUAUAUUCAAGUGAUUGGUAAUCCCGGUGUAUCAGAAAAUAUUCAAAGGACAGUUUCAUUGAAAUGUAUUAGAUUGCCAAUCAUAUUAAGUCCCAUUCAAGUAUCUUUGCCUAAUGCAUUACAAGAUAAUGUUAAGAUUAAUAAGAAUAGAGUAUUAGAUUAUCAAGUAAAUGGAAUAACAACAAUAAUGAAAAGAUCUCAAUUGAUUAAUUUAAUUCGUAAAUUUUUAUUAACUAAACAAUUUAUUGAAGUUGAAACACCAAUUUUAUCAGAAAAGGCUAAUGGUGCUAGUGCUUUACCAUUUAUAACUAAAUUAAAUUUUAGUGAUUCAAAUUUACAAUUACGUAUUGCACCCGAAUUAUGGUUAAAAAGAUUGAUAAUAGGUGGAUUUGAUAAAAUUUUUGAAAUUGGGAAAGUUUUUCGUAAUGAAAGUGUAGAUGCUACCCAUAAUCCAGAAUUUACAAUGUUGGAAUUAUAUCAACGUUAUUUAUCAAUGGAUCAAUUAAUAUUAUUGGCUCAAGAUAUGUUUAAAUUUGUUUUAAAAGGGAUGAUUAAUCCAGAAAUUUCAUUGUCUCAUAACAAUAAUGAAACUAUUUACCAGUUGUAUCAACAAUUACAAGAUAAUGAUUGGAAAUUUAAGAAAAUAGAAUUUUUACCAACUUUAUCGAAGGAAAUGGGUGUUGAUUUCAAUAAGAUAGAUCUUUCACGAACUCAACCUUUAAUGGAUAUUAUACCAUUCGAAGUGAAACAAGAGAUAUUUAACUCAAUUGAACUUCAAGAGCCUGAUUUGCAUCUUUCACCACAACGAAUUCUAGAUAAAUUAUGUGGGAAAUAUAUUGAAUCGAGAUAUUGUCAAACUUUAUUACCAACCAUCAUUAUGCAUCAUCCAACAGUGAUGUCGCCAUUGGCAAAAAUUAAUUCUUUGGAUAAUAAAGUAAGUCAAAGAUUUGAAGUAUUUAUUAAUGGUAAAGAAUAUAUCAACGCUUAUGAGGAAGAAAAUUGUCCACAAUUACAAUUACAAAAAUUUAAACAACAACAUGAUUUUAAGAACAAUGAUAAGGAGUCUCUAGAGGUAGACUACGAGUAUGUAGAGGCUAUGAAGUCAGGGAUGCCUCCAACGGGUGGGUUGGGACUUGGAAUUGAUAGAUUGUGCAUGCUAUUGCUUGACAAAUCAAGAAUCGAACAAGUUCUAUCAUUUGGAUCCCUUGAUGAUGUAAAUAUACAAUGA